UUAUUUUAGUUUGUAAGAUUUAGUGGAACGGAGAAUUGCUGAUGGAUGAAAUGUCCGAUUUGGAAGACGAGUUGGAUCUGCUUGGGGAGGAAUUUGCGAGAGCAACUAAGCUUAUCGAGCAGCGUCACGAUCAAUUGGAGCAAAAGGACCUAUUAAAGUUUUACGGGUUCUACAAGCAGGCGACCAGUGGAACGUGUAAUGUUUCGAAGCCGGGAAUCUUUAAUAUUUCCGGACGAGCUAAGUGGUCGGCAUGGAACGAACUGGCCGACAUGACCAAAGAAGCAGCUAUGAAAAAGUACAUUCAGCUUUUGAGUAGUUUGAUGCCGGAAUGGGAUCAAGGCGUUGAGGAAAACGGAUUUAAGUCGAAGGAAGCUUCGUGGGUGUCCGUAUCGACGUUUGUUCAGGAAGAAGACGAACUCAAAGCGGAUGAGAAGACCAUUGUCGAUUUCAUCAAGGAAGGAAAUGUAGAAGAAGUUCGUAAAGCGGUGACCAGUGUGGAGAUUGGACCGAUUAUUAACGAACUGGAUGAGGAAGGCCUGGGAUUGAUUCAUUGGGCCGCCGAUCGAGGGAACCUUGAUAUACUGAGGUUGAUAGUUAAGGUGGCUGCGGUGAAUAUGGAUUUGCAGGAUUGUAGUGGACAAACUGCGUUGCACUAUGCUUCCAGCUGUGGUAAUCGUGAUUGUGUGAAACUGCUGGUGGAUUCGGGAGCAGAUCGGACUGUGUCGGAUGAAGAGGGUGAAACGUGCCUCGAUGUUGCCUUUGAUGCUGACAUUAAAGCAAUUCUUGCGUGAGCGCUGAGCAA